AUGAACGGAUCCGAUGGACGGCGCCCAUCUGCGCUACGGUCGAAAAGUCCUGGAAAUGGAUCAACGGUUAGCUUUUCUGUGAACGAAGAAAAGAAAGUUGAUAUAAAUUCACAGCCAAAGCAGCCGGGGAAGAAAGAAAAGAAAAAAGGACUCUUGAAGAGAUUAUUCAGUGACAAGCGGAAACAAUCCGCGGACGUACAAGAAGCAGCUGAUGAAAAUGAUUUUGGAGAAGCUGAAGACCCUGUGAUGACUGUAUUUGCAGAACGGAAUACGCAAAGAGUCCGGUUUUCAAUUGCAGAGGAACCAGAGGAGGAGCAAACGCCGAAGGACAAGGCGUCGGGAAACAAUGUUAAACAGUUCAUGUCUCGGGCUCUGUUCAGUGGUAACAAAUCAUCUAAAAAGUUUAAGGAAGAAAUGGAGCGUGAAGUAGCGCAACUCGGUGGCUCGUUAGUUUGGGAUAGUCCAGAAGGUUCGACUGGACCUGAAGUAUCACUGAUCAACAAGGGAGGGAAGAUCAGCUCUAAUAACGUUGUGACAUUUACAGAUGAUCCUAAGAUAAGGGCUCGGCAUGCGAAACUACUGAGUAAGGCUCACAAGGCGCAACAUACAUACUUUCGAUACGAGUUUGCGGUCAAGUGCUAUCUCAAAGCGUUAAACCUGUUGAAGAGUGCAAAUUACCCGGAGACGCACGCCUUAGCGACGAAAACAGUCGAGCUACUGAACAAUUCGCAUCAAAUUUUGAGUUCAUACAAUAGUUCCGUGCGCAUUGUAAAGAUUGGCAUCAAGCACGAAGACAAGGGAGAACUUGUGAAGGCUCUCAAGAUGUACACAAUUGCAUAUCGAAUUCGACGGGAUAAUCUCAGCCGCAACCAUCCUAGCCAUGUUGUUCUGCUGAAUAUGUUGGGGAGCAUUCAAGUGAAACGUGGUGACUUAAAGGAAGCAAUGUUGAUCUACGAGCUUGCAUUGAAGGAUGGGACAGUGACUCCGAAUGAAAAUGAGAUUGACGCAUAUGGAAAACCUCCGAUUGGCAAUUUACUCGCGAAAAGUGUGACAUUUAGAGAAAUAGGAAUUAUAAAGGAGCGUUGGGGGCAUCUGGAUGAAGCGAGGGAUUACUAUCAUCAAAGUCUGGAAUGCGUCCAAGAAUGGAAAGAGGCAUACAAUGACGAUGAUGAAUCUUUCACAGAUGACGUUGAAUCCAACGAUUCCCUUGAUUACUCUUUGUCCAAUGUCCGGCUUGAAAAAUCCACUGAUGAACCUGGACAAUUCGAGGAGGAGAAGGGAGAGAUGGAACUUUGUCUUGUCCCUAUGACGAUGUCGGCAGGCAACAGAUCGCCAGCACCUACAAAUAGGUACGAAGAGAUCUUUCCAAGUCGGUUGGAAAAGGAAUUUGAACGGAAGAGCAAGCCAUCGAAAGAUAGCCCAAACAAAACUGAGACUGACAGAAAAGACAUCAACAGCAACUUGAGCAAGGACGCUUUUGCUGAUAUGGAUCUUGCCUUGACGCUCCAUCAUAUUGCGCAACUCUAUAGGAAACAAGGGAACUUUCCUGAAGCACUCCAAGCGUUUGAAGUCGCCCUUCGAGGGAUGAAAUACUCGCUAGGAAGGUACCACCCAAAUGUAGCAGCUGUGCUUGGGAAUGUUGGCAACCUUCAGAAAGAAAUGGGCGACCUGGAUGCGGCCUACAAAACCUACCAGGAAGUCCUUGCCAUAGAGUCCUAUCGGCUUGGCCUCAGUCAUCCCGAUGUUGCGAUUACGCUUCACAAUGUCGCAACAAUUGACGCUGCUCGUGGGAAAUAUAGGCAAUCAUUAGAUUUGUACUCCAAGGUACUUGGGUUGCAAAGAAAACUGUUUGGAACUGAACACCUGUCGGUUGCAAUCACAAGUGCAUGCAUGGGGGAUGUAUACGAAAAGCUUGGCGAAAGCGCAACUGCGAUUCAGUAUUUUGAAGAUGCUUUGAAGAUAAAGUCGGCAAAGCAAGGUCGCCAUUCGUUGGACGUCGCGAGAAUACUCCACAAACUUGGGAAGCUUGCAAUUCAGGGUCAAGACUACUAUACAGCUGGAUCACAUAUUUCUAGAGCUGUGCUCAUUUAUCGACUGAACAAAGUCCAUGAUGAUCACGAAUGGACGGUAGAUGCCAAUCGCGACGCUGCAGAUAUUGAUGCUGCGAUCGCACUGAAACCGGAUGAAAAUCGACCAGAUGACUUGUGA